ACAACAAUCUGUUUUCUAUCGUGAACUUUCGUAAUAUAUUAACGAUCGUUUUAUAUAUACUCAGUUUUCCAAAAAAGAUAUUCGUAUAAUAGUUCAUCGAAAAUGAAUGAAUGGGUACAAAAAAAUCUAUCCGAACUCUUAGAUUUUCCUGUUAUAGAAGAUAUUGUAACAUAUCUUACGAAAAUAGAAAAUGAGAGAGAUUUAGACGAGGCCUUGUAUAAUCUGUUAGAUCGUACUAAUCCUAGGCACGAGAAAUUUAUUGUAGACUUCAAAAAACAAGCAUUAAACAAAGAUCAAGGAUACAAAAGACCAAAUAAUGUAGGUAAUGAAUGUACAAAACAAAAUGGAAAGAAAAAAGGAAAAGUUAAAUCAAAAGAGAAGCGAGAAAACAAACAGUUUCAAGAAAAUGUAAAGGUAGAAAAAAUAGAAAAAAAGAAAAUUAAGUUUACAAAUUUGUAUUCAUCAGAUGGCAAGGAUGGACAAAUAGUUUUGUUAAAAGGCAGACAUAAAUGUGAUUGCGAAGCAAGAAGACAUGCAUUAAUCAACAAUUGCCAGAGUUGUGGAAGAAUAGUUUGCAUGCAAGAAGGAGCAGGCCCUUGUCUUUUUUGUAAUCAGCUUGUAUGCUCUCCAAAGGAUCAGAUGAUCCUCAGUAAAGAUACCAAACAAGCUAGUGUAAUAUAUAAUAAGUUAAUGAAUCAAAAACCAGUCAAAGGAGUCGAGGAAUCCAUCAAGCAAAGAGAUAAACUUCUUGAAUAUGAUCGUUUUGGUACACAGGGUACAAAGGUGAUCGAUGAUGAAUGUGAUUACUAUCAAACAAGCAAUAUUUGGAUGUCGAGUAGUAAAAGGGAAUACCUACAAAAAUUAGAAGAAGAAAAAAAUGCAAGAAGACAUAUGUCCCGUCUGAAUAAAAAAAUCAAUAUUACAUUUGACAUCAUGGGUAGAGAAGUAAUUGAAGAAAAGGAAUAUGAUGAUUUUAAUGAAGAUCAGUUUAUAGACAUUUCUGAUAUAGACAUUACUGAAUUCAGUAGCCACAAUAUGUGUUCGGAUAUAGAAUGUGAACGUCCGAUUUAUGUAAAAUCUAAUGAGUCUGAAUUGUGUAUGACUAGAAGCAAUGUUUCAUCUGGAAUACAAAACAUUAUUCAAGACAAGGAAUAUUUAGAAAUGUCUGAUUUGGGAGUAUGUUUGAGCAUGCAUCAGCCAUAUGCAUCUCUGUUAGUAGCUGGGAUAAAAAUGCACGAAGGACGAACUUGGUACAGCACACACAGAGGGAGAUUGUGGAUAGCUGCAACAGCUAAACAACCAACUAGAGAUGACAUUUUGAGUCAUGAACAUUUCUAUCGCCUUAUAAAGAAUGAUAACAUCGCAUUUCCCGAGAGUUAUCCGAUUAGUUGUUUACUAGGCUGUGUAACCGUGACGGACGUUUUACCUCAAGAAGAGUACAGAAAAGUUUAUCCAAAUGGAGAGAGUGAUAGUCCAUAUGUCUUCAUAUGCGAGAAUUUUUACUCAUUACCAAUGAAAUUUCCAAUACAAGGAAAGCAUAAAAUUUAUAAGUUGGACUCAAAAAUACAUCAAGCAGCUGUUAAAAUGUUAGAAAAAGCUAUGAAAAAUUCUUUCUAAUAAUGGAGUACUUGUUUAAGUAAUAAUGAAUGAAUUUUCU